CCGUCUGCCCGGUUGGCUGAGUGACGCCAUUAAGUUCCCUCUCACCCAGGGUCCAUACGCAUCCAUACGUCGUGUAUAUUAUCCGAGCGCAAACUGCUGGUGUGAAGACGGAUGAUCGCUGCUGGCUCCGAGGAAUGUUUGCCCAGUUGCCAAGAGACCUUGCCCGGACUCGUGAGCUGGAAGUUGUACAGACAGCGCGCUGCAAUCGUGUAUGGCUGCAAUCCCGCUUUCCGAGAAUCCUAAUCAGAGAUGUUCCGGGCUGCUCACGCGAGGAGGUUGGUCUUUCACCGCUGCUAUGCGAAUGUCGUGCUCGUGUUUCUGGUUGGCGGCACGAUUCCCUCUUGGCGGACCGGAGGCGCCCGCGCUCGCAUGGUGCCCAAGGACGCUGACGCCGAGAAAACUAUUGAAGAGCUUAUUGAGGCUCGGGGAUACCCCGUCGAAUCCCACCCGGUGGUGACCGACGACGGCUACGUACUCGGCCUGUACAGGAUACCCCGAGGCAGAGUGGAGAUCGAAGAGGCUACAAGUACUGACUCGACCACCCCUGGCUGCGAUGGGGCCAGUAGAGCGCCCGUGCUACUCAUGCACGGGCUAUUCGGCUCGGCUACCACGUGGGUGGCCAACUACGCAGACCAGAGCCUCGGUACGGUGCACCCGUGAAGUCAUCUGCAUUUUGGAGCGGAAAACAAACCUCUUCCAAGUG